AUGGACGGCGUAUGGCUGGAUGAUGCUCAUGAAGCUCAGAAUAAUGACAAAUACACACAGGGUGAAGACAGUAGGAUAAAGUUCCCCUGGUUCAAGAAAAGAUCUCAAGAAAAGAAGAUUCAGAUCAGUAAUCCCUUUGGGUUUAAUCAUGUAUUGCACGCAGACAAUCCAACUGCUGAAUCAAAUGUCACCAGAAAUAAUAGCGUGAACGAAAGAAGGUUAACGACAAGUACAACAAAUAGUGUUUUCACCAGAUCAACUUCGAUCUCUACACUGGCCACAACGCAUCAUCACGGGUUUCCUCGUCACGAAAAGAAACCAAGCUUACAGUCUUUGGAAAGGAUCGAAGAUCAAGUGAAUGGUUUGAAAUGCGAGAAUAAUCUUUACAAUCUUCCCGUGCACGGUUCGGACUGGGGGUUGACACUUGAAGCUAGACAGAAGGAAUGCGAUGCUGAAAUUGCUAGAUUAUAUGAAGAAUACUACGAGUUUGAAAAGAAUUUGAACGGUAGUUCUUAUGACACGACGAUUGCGUCGUUGAAUGCUGCUGAUGUUACGAAACGUUCAAGGAUAUAG